UCACUUGCAUCCAUCCAUCCAUCCCAAUCCUUCCGUCCGCCAUGAGCGAGCAGACAUUCACCGACUCUGAGCACCGUGGCCGCGAUGCCAGCCCUGACAGCACCGGAUCAAGAUCCCCUCGUCCAAGAAGCCGCUCCCCAGCACGACACAGCAGCGACAAUGCCAUCGACGAAUCCAUCAAUCCUGGAAACAACCUCUUCGUAAACAGCCUCUCCGUCAAGACUCAACCCAGCGAUCUCGAGGACUUGUUCGGCAAAUACGGCAAGGUCGAGAAAGUCCAGAUCAUGUAUGAUCCCCACACUCGCGAAUCCCGGGGCUUUGCCUUCGUGACCAUGGUCCGGGCUGAAGAUGCCGAUGCAGCCAUGCAGGUCUUAAGUGGAUUCGAGCUCCAUGGACGCGCCAUGUCUGUCAACUUGGCUAAACGUGGUCGUGCCAGGACUCCAACACCGGGCCAGUACCGUGGACCCCCCAAAAGGGAAAGGGCCAUCGGUGGUAUGCCCGGCUACUAUGGCUAUGGUAUCGCAUUCGAAUGAAUCUGGCGAAACCAACUGUUCUCGCCUUGUGAGAAGACAUUGAACUGACCAAGCACCGUUUCGGGUUUGGCCUCUUAUUCCUCAAUGAAUAUAGAUCGUCGCACGGACAGGUUCGA